AUGUUGUCUACUGUUCCAGCCAUGCUUCCCUCCGACUCCCUUCUCCAUUUCCCGGCUUUCGACGGGGGCUUCACGCCGUGGGAUUGCUCGGAACUUCUUCCAGCAAUUCAAUCCCCAAAACCCACAAUCUCAACCCCAAGUUCUGGUCCGGUCCAGUCUACAAAAACGGUCAUUUCGAGUUCCGGUUCAGAUGACGACCCAAAUCGGUCGGUUCAACCGGACCGGAUGAACCGAACCCAUGCCAAUGCGAAGUCAUGCCCAAAUGAUGUCUCGAACCGGGCGGUUUCUGUGGUGGACGAGAGGAAGAGGAGGCGGAUGAUAUCGAACCGGGAGUCGGCGAGGCGGUCUCGGAUGCGAAAACAAAAGCACUUAGAAAACCUAAGGAACCAGGUGAACCGGCAUAGGGUUGAGAACAGGGAACUGAAGAACCGGUUGAGUUACGUUUUGUACCAUUUUCAGCGGGUUCGGACCGACAACGAUAGGCUCCAAUCCGAACACGUCCUGCUCCGACAGAAACUGUCGGAAAUACGUCAAAUUUUGGUUUACCGGCAACUACAGCACAUGUCUUCUGCAUGGCCAUGCAACACCGUUAUUCCGGAACAAACCCCAUCAUUAAUUGCGUAA